UAAUAGUUGGGGGAGGCAUCGAUCCGUUUCGCCGGUACGCGACGCUAUCCCCCUUCUGUAAGAAGAGAAAGAGAGCGUGAGAGAGACUGUGGCGGAGUGGAGGGAGGGAGGCGACUAUGGCGGAGCACGACGCAGAAUCCAACGGCGAGCUCAACGGCCACGAGGAGACCACCCACGACCUCCAGUCGCUGCUUGCCAGCGUUGGUCGGGACUUCCUCGUCCGCAACACCGGCGAUCAGGUGAAGAUCAGCAAUUUAGAUGGUAAAAUUGUUGGUCUUUACUUCUCAGCUUCUUGGUGCGGACCCUGCAAAAGAUUUACCCCAAAACUGGUUGAGACAUACAAUGAGCUAUCCUCUGAAAAUGGCAACUUUGAGAUUGUUUUUGUCUCGGCUGAUGAGGAUGAAAAGUCAUUUACUGAUUACUUCUCUAAGAUGCCAUGGUUUGCAAUUCCUUUUUCAGACUCCGAUAUCCGUGAUAGACUCAAUGAUUUGUUUGAUGUGGGUGGGAUACCUUACCUAGUGAUAUUUGAUGUCAAUGGGAAAGUUCUUACUAGUGUGGGUGUUCAAGUGGUGAGGGAUUAUGGAUCCAAUGCUUAUCCAUUCACAGAUGAAAGGAUUCAAAAGCUGAAAGAGGAAGAAGAGGCUGCAAAACAGAAUCAAACUCUUCGAAGCUUGCUUGUGUCCUCCUCUCGUGAUUUUGUGAUCUCAAAAGAUGGAAAUAAGGUUCCUGUGUCUGAGCUUCAAGGAAAGAUUGUCGGUAUAUUCUUCUCAAUUAGCUCAUUCAAUUCAUGCAGUGAAUUUGCAAAAUCACUUAAAGAGAUGUAUCUAAAACUGAAAGAAAAUGGUGAGAACUUUGAGGUCGUACUAGUCUCCUUGGAUGAUGAGGAGUCAUCUUAUGAGCAAGGCUUUGCGGACAUGCCAUGGCUUGCAAUUCCCUUCAAGGACAAAAUCUGUGAUAAACUAGUUCGCUACUUUGAGCUUGAUUCCAUUCCUACACUGGUUGUAAUUGGCUCCGAUGGGAAGACUCUAAACUCCAAUGUUGCUGAGCUCAUUGAAGAACAUGGGAUUGAAGCAUAUCCAUUCUCUCCUGAGAAGUUAGAGGAGAUUGCAGAAAAAGAGAAGGCAAGGAUAGAAGCUCAAACUCUAGAAUCACUUCUUGCUUCUGGAGAGCAGGAUUAUGUCAUUGGAAAUGGCGGCAUUAGGGUUCCAGUGUCUGAACUCGUCGGGAAGAACAUACUUCUUUACUUCUCAGCACAAUGGUGUCCUCCUUGUCGCAUGUUUCUACCCAAGUUAAUCGAGGCAUACCACAAGAUCAAGGAGAAGGAUGAUGCCUUUGAAAUCAUUUUUGUGUCGAAUGAUCGUGAUGAGAGCUCUUUUCAUGACUUCUUUUCGGAAAUGCCAUGGCUGGCACUCCCUUUUGGAGAUGAGAGGAAAAAGUUUUUGGCUCGCACCUUUAAGAUCUAUGGUAUUCCAUCGCUUGUGGCCAUUGGUCCAACAGGAAAAACUGUCACCACGGAAGCAAGAGAGCUGGUAAUGACCCAUGGUGCUGCUGCCUAUCCGUUCACCAAGGAACGAAUACAAGAAAUCGAGGCUGAGAUUGAGGAGAUGGCAAAGGGUUGGCCUGAAAAGCUUAAGCAUAAGCUACAUGAGCAGCAUGAGCUUGUGAAGUCCCACCGCAGGAGCUACAUAUGUGAUGCGUGCAACGAGGAAGGAAGUGGGUGGUCCUUCUACUGUGAUGAUUGUGACUUUGAUCUGCAUCCCAAGUGUGCAUUCAAUGAUGACGAAGUGGCUAACGGAGUUGGUGAUUCACACAGUGAUGGCCCUGGAGAAGAACAAAGGGAGAAUGGCAAGGAAGGAUACAUCUGUGAUGGCGAAGUCUGCUAUAAAGCUUGAGAGUGUCCAUUCUCGAUGGUUAUUGAAGCUGCUUAAGUUAAUCUAUUGUUCCGUGUGCUUUGAAAUCUUUGUCUUCCUUUAAGGUAUCGGAACUCCCAAAUGGUUGACUAGCAAUGUAUGCCACAAAUAAAAUGGAUCAUUUUGUGUACUGGAUUUGUAUUGUUGAUGUAUAAUUAUCACUGCCUUCUCUGUGAAAUGCAACUGUGUCAAUUAAAGAAGAUUUGGAUGGAGAAUACAUCGAAAUCGUUGGUA